AUGGACAAUACCAUCGCAAAUGAUGUCCUUGAAAGGUACAGGGAAAGCGGGAAAGUGUUUGUUCCUCGUAACUUCACUGGGACCACAAAUCCUGCAGGCUACACUCGUUUUGCUGUAGAUAACAUAGACAUAAACGAAGAAACACUUAAUGGCAUGGGCACAUUCCAUGCGACGCAGGUUGCCGCCUUUCGUCGCAAAGAGGAAGGAGAACCAGCAAUGGAUAUCGAACUGUCUCCUAAGUCAGAAAGGCGACUGGAUGUACAAGUGCCAUCGGAACUUCAUGAACUAAUCGAUUUGUCGUUGGACAACAAGAAACCAGAACCUGAACUACAGAAGACAGUAGUUUCUGAGUGGUACACACCUGACAGCAGUCUAAUUGAAGAGUCUUACAAGAAGGACCUAGCUUGGAACCUUGGUCGUUUACAUGAACAAAAACCUGAACUCCAGUCAAUACCAGGGUGGGCUGGUUUCAAACAGCUUUUGUCGACUGUAAAACCACAAGUCACAGUGGUGGGUCCACUUCCCAUUGUGAAUGCUCCAGCACAUGAAUUCGAGACUCUUUGGAAGGUGAUCUUAAGAUGCAAGGCAAUGACGCACCUCAGAAAUGGCAAGUUCACUGUUAUUACCAUGGACGAGGGCCUACACAACAAGGCAAAGAUGUUGCAAUGGGGAACGACAGAAGUGCUUAAGGAUGUCAUCCUUGUGCUUGGAGGUUUUCAUACGCAGAUGACUUUUUCAAAAGUCAUCGGGAAGUACUUACAGUCAUCGGGAAUGGCGGAGAUGUGGGCAGAGAGUGAGGUCUUUGGUGAGACAACAGCUGACAACAUCCUUAAAGGAGAGUUGUGGAAUCGAGUAAUACGUGCACACAAGCUAAGUUAUGAAGCACUGUGGAGGCUAUUGUGGCCCAUGUUAACGAAGUGGGCGAAAGACAGGGAUGACAAUGAAUGCAACACUCUCGUGAAUCUGUCGGAAACAUUGGCCACUAAGUUUACGACUGGGAACGACGAUGAUUCAUUAGUAGAUGCCCUGACUAGCAGUGAGCUUGUUGAUGAAGUUGGACAAGCUGCACAUAUCAUCAAAGCUUUUGAUGCCGCACAUCACGACAACCCUUCGUUCUGUUACUGGAGACAAUACAUGAAACUGGUCACCAUCUUACUGAGGUUUACGCGUGCGAUCCGGGAAGGGAAGUGGGAUCUGUAUCUCUCUUCGUUCUCCGAAAUGCUACCCUAUUUUGCGGCUUUCGACCACUCGAAUUACACAAGAUGGGGCGUCAUAUUUCUUGCAGACAUGAAGAUGCUUCCGCAGACUGCUCCUGAGAUCCAGCAGGCAUUUGAGAGUGGCGACUUUGUCACAAAGGAGACAACCAGCACCUUCAAUCAAAUUCCCGACGACCAAGCACUAGAGCAUGUAAACAAAUCUGGAAAGGUAGCUGGAGGCCUUGCUGGAAUAACAACGACAGACUCGGCUCGAGAUCGCUGGUGUCUUACCUACAAUGAGCGCGCCAAGCUGUCAGAAGACACCAAAGAGAUGUUUAACGUCUUAGAAAAAGAAUGCACUAGCGCCAAAGAUCUGGGAAAAGCCAGAAUGCGACAAGAUGCAGAGGAUGUAGCUAAGCUGGAGGCGCAGUUUACGAAAUACGAGGUCUUCCGAUGUACGUCUGACUUAGUUGUAGUUACCACUAGAGAUGUGGCAAGUAACGCCAUUAAACAAGAUCUACUUGGCAUUGAGGAAAUUGGUAAGAAAGUCAUCAAAGAGUUCGUUGAAACCAGGCUAAUCAAGAAAGAAAUAAAGUUCCAUGACACUCUAUAG